CAUUGAUAAAUUUUAAAAUAUAAAUUAUUAAUUGAAUGUGAAUUGGAAUAUAAUACUCCUAUCUUGCCAGUAAAGAAGUAAAGUUGUAGAUUGGUUCAAGAUCUCAGAGCAAUCAACAAAUUUGUAGAGGAUAUUCCUCCAGUAAGACCUAAUCCGUAUACCUUACUGACUAAAUUGAAUAAUAAUCAGAAAUGGUUUGCUGUCCUGGAUUUAAAGGAUGCUUUCUUUUGCUUACCAUUGGCCAAAGAAAGCCAGAAUUUAUUUGCUUUUGAACGGGAACAUCCUGACACAGGAAGGAAAACCCAAUUAUCUUGGACAGUAUUACCUCAAGGGUUUAAAAACAGUCCAACGAUUUUUCUAAAUCAGUUAGCACUGGAACUAGAAUCAUGGAAACCACCCACUCAGACGGGGACUCUGUUACAAUAUGUGGAUGACCUAUUAAUUGCCACAGAAACAAAGGAAGAAUGUGUCCAGUGAAUGGUGGGAUUACUGAGUUUUCUGGGACUGAAUGGUUAUUGGGUAACCAGACAAAAGGCCCAACUAAUCCAAACCUGAGUUUCCUACCUAGGAUAUGAAAUAACAGGAGGACAGAGAGAAUUUGGAACUGCUCGAAAAGAAGCCAUUUGUCAAACUCCACGACCGUCGACCGUCAAGGAGUUCCGGACGUUCCUGGGAAUGACUGGAUGAUGCAGACUUUGGAUGCAUGAUUAUGGUGUUCUGGAACAGUCGGCAGAACCACUGACACACGACUGCUUGGCCACCAUAGAGACUGUAUAUUCUAGCCGACCAGAUUUGAAAGAAAAACCACUGGAAGAUGCUGAUUCUUGGUUUACUGAUGGUAGCAGCUUCAUGAAAAACGGUGAGCGAAAGGCAGGCUAUGCCGUUACAACCACUACACAGGUAAUAGAAGCUAAACCUUUACCUGCGAACACUUCUGCCCAGAAAGCAGAAAUAAUAGCACUAACAAGAGCCCUGGAAUUGGCUAAAGAAAAAAGGAUAAAUAUUUGGACUGAUUCUAAAUAUGCAUUUGGUGUGGUUCAUGCACACGGUGCCAUUUGGAAAGAACGAGGAUUUUUGAACACACAAGGGAAACAGAUUAAACAUGCCACAGAAAUUCUACGGCUACUGGAAGCUGUUCAGCUACCUGAGGAAGUAGCUAUUAUGUACUGUCCAGGGCAUCAACAAGGUGACUCUCAUCAGGAAAUUGGAAAUAAUUUGGCCAACUUUGAAGCCAAACGAGCGGCUGAACAAUCUAAAAUUAUGUCCUUAAUCCCUGACGGCAAACUAACAAUUGAGAAAUCUAAACCUAGAUAUUCAAAGGAGGAUAGAAAAUUGAUUGAGGAUCUCAAAGGACAGGAAAACAAAGACGGUUGGGUUCAGAUUCCUGAUGGGUGAAUUGUAAUCCCCUAUAACCAACUCUGGAGGCUAGUUCAAGAGGAACAUAAGAAAACUCAUUGGGGUAGCAACUCUUUGUAUAAAUAUUUAGACAAACAAAUUGUAGGAAGGAAUCUAUACAUCACAGUUCAACUAGUGACAAAGCAAUGUCAGCUCUGCCUUAAGAAUAAUCCUAAAACUGAAAACAGAAAUCAAAAUGGGGCAAUUGGGAGAGGAAGUUAUCAAGGACAUCAGUGGCAAAUAGAUUUUUCUGAAUUACUGAGAAAAGGAGGUUACCAAUAUUUGUUGGUAUUAACGGAUACUUUUUCAGGCUGGCCAGAAGCAUUCCCUUGUAGAAUAAAUAAUGCAUGACAAGUAAUUAAAACAUUAUUAAAUGAGAUAAUACCUCGUUUUGGAGUACCAGCGGCAAUUUCUUCUGACUGAGGCUCGCACUUUAGUGCAAAAUUGUUACAAAAAUUUAGCGAAAAAUUAGAAAUUGAUUGGAAACUGCAUGUUCCAUACAGGCCUCAGGCCAGUGGGCAAGUAGAAAAGAUGAACCAUCUGAUUAAACAACAGAUUAGUAAAAUACGCCAAGAAACAAACUUAUAUUGGUACCAAGCUUUACCAUUGGCCCUAUUAAGAAUUUGAACUAAACGUCAGUCAAAAGAAGG